AUGGCACCAGAACGGCGCGACAUCCGGGCGAUCCUUCAACCGAUUACCUCACUCGAGGCUAUUAUAGAUCUCAUUGAGAAGGAAAUCUUUGACCAAAAAGGGGACUACCAGGUCCCUUGGAGAAUGGGAGCCGAGGUCCACGACGCCUACAACCACUACACCAACAUCAAACUGGACCUCGAAGAGCAGCGAGGGUAUUUUCAAAAUUGCAACCACCUCCGUGGUCUUUCCGGCCUAUACACUUUACCAGAGGAGAAAAAUCGCUCUUCAAGCGCACUCACAAUGGGCAAGCAAGCAAUCUAG